GGGGGAAGGAGCGGGAUGGAGCCGGGCGGGGACCCCCGCUCCGUGCCCGGCCCUGCGCCGCCCGGCACCGCGCUCCGUCCCGCCGUGCCGCCCGGUGCCCGCCGCCCUGCGCUCCGGUUCUCCGAGCGGCGCCGCCCGUGCCCGCCGUGCCCCCAGCAGCCCGCGCCCACCGUCCCCGGCCCCCGCGGCCCGGCCGCGGGCUCGGUGGCGCCGGCGCUGCCCGGGGCUCCGGUGCGGAUCUGGCGCUGCCGGCGGGAGCGCGCCGGGCUGUGCCGGUGGCGGCAGCAGGGCGGAGGGGACUCCGGCAGGGACGCCACGGACACAGCGCCCACCUCGCACCCCUGCUCCACUGCCGGGGCCGGGACCUCCAGCUGGACCCUCGGCUGGGACGACCCCAUCCCACCCCCGGCAGGGGCCCCUGCUCCGGAUUGUCACUCCGCUGUCCGGGCAGGACGUGCCCGGUCCCCGCGCCGCCGGGGGAGCCGCGGCUCAGCCCCGAGGCGGAGGGUGGGCGGGAUGGGGGCACCCGGCUGGAUGAGGGUCCCUCAGCCUCACGGAACUGAGCCGAGGGCCGUGGGGCUCACCCCGAAUCCCGGCGGCUGCCACACGGGGGGAAACGAUGCACUCAUCUGAUGGGGCUCCACCGAGCCCGCGCCGGUCACGUCGGAGCCCCGGUGUCCCAGUGCCGGGGCCUGUGCUGGGGCGCCUUUGGGUGCCUUUGGAGCACGUCUGGGUGGCCACCGGGCUACCCUCGGGGUGCCUUGGCAGUGUCUCUGUGGCGGCCUCGGGAGUGCUUUCAGAGUGCCCCCGGGGUGCCCCGGGGUGGCAGUGCAGCGCCGUGCCCCGCUGCCCGCAGAGCUGGACGUGGCGGUGCGGGUGGUGCUCUACGUGCUGAUCUUCGUGCUGAGCGUCGGGGGCAACGCGCUGGUGGUGGCCGUGCUGGCGCUGAACCGGCGGCUGCGCACCGUCACCAACUGCUUCCUGCUGUCCCUGGCCCUGAGCGACCUGCUCCUGGCGCUGUGCUGCAUGCCCUUCACCCUGCUGCCCGGCCUCAUGGGCGCCUUCGUCUUCGGAGACGUCGUCUGCAAGCUCGUGGCCUACCUCAUGGCACCACGCGGCCCGCCGCCCCCCGCCCGCCCCCCGCACAGUGCACCCACCACUGGCCCAGCGAGCGCGUCCGGCAGGCCUGGUACGUGCUGCUGCUCCUCGUGCUGUUCUUCAUCCCGGGCGUGGUGAUGACGGUGGCGUACGGCCUCAUCUCCCGCGAGCUCUACCGGGGCAUCCGCUUCGAGCUGGACGUCAAGGGGGACGUGGCAGCCCAGCGUGGCCCCGGGGGGGACCCAGCGCCGGCCUGCGACGAGGGUGACGGGUGCUACCUGCAGCUGUCGCGCCCGGGCGCCGCGCUGGAGCUGCGGGCGCUGGGGGCGCAGCAGGACCGCGCUCGCAUCAACAGCUCGGGGGCGCAGCUGGCGGCCAAGCGCCGCGUGAUCCGCAUGCUGGUGGUCAUCGUGGCCAUGUUCUUCCUCUGCUGGCUGCCCAUCUUCGCCGCCAACACCUGGCGUGCCUUCGCCCCGCGGGCGGCCCAGCGGGCGCUCUCGGGCACCCCCAUCGCCUUCAUCCACCUGCUGUCCUACACCUCGGCCUGCGCCAACCCCCUCAUCUACUGCUUCAUGAACCGCCGCUUCCGCAAGGCCUUCGGGGCCACCUGCGCCGGCUGGGGCUGCCGCCGUGCCUGCCCCCGCCGCCCACCCGAGGACGAGCCCCCCAUGGCCAGCGCCUCGCUCUCCAAGUUCAGCUACACCACCGUCAGCAGCCUGGGGCCCCCCUGAGCCGCCCCCCGAGCCCCCGUGACCAGCACCUUUCUCUCCGCUCAGCUACACCUUCCUCAGCAGCCUGGGACCCCCGACCUAGCCCCCCUUGGGCCCCCCAACACAGUGCCUGGCCCCCCGAGCUGGACACCCCCAGCAUGACCCCCUGCCCUGCCAGCAGCCCCGUGCCCCGCUCCGGUGCACCCCGAGCCGCCCGCCCCCCCGGGACCCCCUGGCCCAGCACCCCCGGCCCAUCCCUGAGCCCCGGCUGGGGGGGCAGGAGGAGCCCCGGCCUGGGCAGGGGGGAGGCUGAGGGGGGUCGGGGCAGCUCAGCCCAGCCCAGCCCAGCCCAGCCCAGCCCAGCCCAGCCCAGCCCAGCUCAGCCCAGCCCAGCCCAGCCCAGCCCAGCUCAGCCCAGCCCAGCUCAGCCCAGCUCAGCCCAGCCCAGCUCAGCCCAGCCCAGCCCAGCCCGGCUCAGCCCA